CGGUGGCAUCAAAACAGUGCCCUCAUCAGUCAUCUAGUGUAAUUAUAGAGAACCGGAUUGAUCGAUUACCUUUUUUUUAUGAGCAAAGUUUGAUUGAAAGAAGGUUCGUUGUCGUUACAAGUAAUUCGUUCACUUUUCGAAUUUUUCUAAACGGUUAGCUCGCUAGAUACAUUUGAUGUAGAUAGCAAAUGUAUUGACAGUUGGGUUUAGUCGGUGACUACUUGUUAACAAGCUAGCUACAUUGCAAGCUAGCUAAUGCAGCAACUGGUGGUGCAGGGACUGAACAGUAGUCUUGUCGUUGCAGCUGGAUAGCACAGCAGAAUGGAACUUUGUUCUCUUUCUACAAGACUUUAUCAAGCAAGAGCACAAUCCAUGGAGCACAUUAGGUACGAGUCAAAUAUGGACCGAAAGAUGAUACGGAACGUUUUUGUGCAGAUGUUAUAACGAGGUAGCUAGCAAGCCAGGACAUUGGAUAAAUACAACAGCGUUGCAAGUGAAACACCUACAUUGCAGGUUGACAGCUACGCUUGGUCUUUCUGUGUGCGUGGAGUGCCUAUGGCGGAGUUUGGAGAGAACGACUGCUCAUCUCCAUCGAAUACUGGGGAUUCGGCGGCUUUGCCCUGUGAUCAAACAGACGGGAAGACGCAGUGCGAAGUAUCGGUCUUCAAUGGGGACUGUGGGAUACCGGCAAACAUGGUUGGAUCAGAAACGUUACCCGACAGCCCAGGGCUUGAAACAGCCAACAACUCCUCUGUCGGAUUGGAUUCCAAAUCUGGAAUACCACGCAGGAGCAGCAUUAUAAAGGAUGGCUCGAGGCUGCGCAAAGAGAGGAAGAAGACGGUAUCGUUCAGCAGCAUGCCCACUGAGAAGAAGAUCAGCAGUGCGAGCGACUGCAUCAACGCCAUGGUGGACGGCUCGGAACUGAAGAAGGUCCGCUCCAACUCCCGCGUUUACCACCGCUACUUCCUCCUGGACGCCGACAUGCAGUCUCUAAGGUGGGAACCCUCCAAAAAAGAGUCAGAGAAAGCCAAAAUUGAUGUCAAGUCCAUCAAAGAGGUGCGGACAGGGAAAAACACAGAAACGUUUAGGACCAACGGAAUAUAUGAUCAGAUAUCAGAGGACUGUGCCUUCUCGAUCAUCUAUGGGGAGAACUAUGAGUCUUUGGACUUGGUUGCAAACUCUGCCGAUAUGGCCAACAUAUGGGUGACCGGGCUUAGAUACCUGAUAUCCUAUGGGAAACACACACUGAAUAUGAUUGAGAGCAACCAGAACAACAUGCGCUCCUCCUGGCUCGGGGACCUCUUUGAGGAGGCUGAUGCCAACAACAGCAAGCACAUUAGUCUAUGUGCUGCCGUGCAGCUAAUUAAAAACCUAAACCCUGGACUCAAAAACGUUAAGAUUGAACUCAAGUUUAAGGAGUUUCACAAAUCUAAAGAUAAGGUGGGAUGUGGUGUGACUAAGGAGGAGUUCAUUGAAGUCUUUCAUGACCUUUGCACAAGACCAGAAAUGUAUUUCCUUCUUGUCCAGUUCUCUAGCAACAAGGAAUUUCUAGAUACCAAGGACUUAACUAUGUUUCUGGAGGCUGAGCAGGGUAUGGCACAAGUAAGUGAAGACACCAGUCUGGAGGUCAUUCAGAGUUAUGAACCUUCCAAAGAGGGGCAGCUCAAGGGCUGGCUCUCCCUUGAUGGGUUUACCAAUUAUCUCAUGUCGCCAGAGUGCCACAUCUUUGACCCGGAACAAAAAACAGUGUGUCAGGACAUGAACCAGCCCUUGUCCCACUAUUACAUCAACGCUUCCCACAACACAUACCUGAUCGAGGAUCAGUUUAGAGGCCCCUCUGACAUUACAGGGUACAUCCGUGCCCUCAAGAUGGGCUGUCGAAGUGUAGAACUAGAUGUCUGGGAUGGACCAGAUAAUGAGCCUGUCAUUUACACUGGCCACACAAUGACCUCGCAGAUAGUCUUCUGCAGUGUCUGUGACGUCAUCAACAAAUAUGCCUUUGUUGCAUCUGACUUUCCCCUGAUAUUGUGUCUGGAGAACCACUGCUCCUUAAAGCAGCAGAGGGUCAUGUUUCAGCAAUUGAAAAAGAUUCUUGGUGACAAGAUUUACAUGGUUCCACCUUCACCUGAAGACAGCUACCUGCCCUCACCCUUUGACCUCAAGUGUAAGAUCCUGCUGAAGGGGAAGAAGCUGGGCACAACCUGCAUUAGCUCGGAGGGUGAAGUGACUGAUGAGGAUGAGGGGGCUGAGAUGUCACAAAGAAUGAACAUUGAAGCCGACGAACAGCAGAGCAUCCCACUGAAAAAGUUCCAGCUGUCCAAGGACCUCUCUGACCUGGUAACGUUGUGUAAAUCGAUUGCGUUCAAAGACUUCCCAACAGCUUUCCAAAGCCAGAAGCACUGGGAACUUUGCUCGUUCAAUGAGGUCUUUGCCAGUCGCUGUGCCAAUGACUUUCCAGGCGACUUUGUUAACUACAACAAGAAGUUAUUGGCGAGAGUCUACCCCAGCCCAAUGCGGAUCGACUCUAGUAACAUGAACCCUCAGGACUUCUGGAAGUGUGGUUGCCAGAUCGUGGCAAUGAACUACCAGACCCCCGGCCUGAUGAUGGACCUAAACAUUGGCUGGUUCCGUCAGAAUGGGAACUGUGGGUAUGUGCUGCGACCAGCCAUAAUGAGAGAGCAGGUGUCAUAUUUCAGUGCCAACACUAAAGACUCAGUACCUGGUGUGUCUCCUCAGCUCUUGCACAUAAAGAUCAUAAGUGGACAAAACUUCCCCAAACCCAAAGGCUCAGGCUCCAAAGGAGAUGUUGUUGACCCUUAUGUCUAUGUGGAGAUACAUGGCAUCCCUGCUGAUUGUGCAGAGCAAAGGACUAAAACUGUCAAUCAGAAUGGGGAGAACCCACUGUUUGAUGAAAGCUUUGAGUUUCAGAUAAACCUACCUGAGUUGGCCAUGGUGCGCUUCGUGGUGCUUGAUGAUGACUACAUUGGCGACGAGUUCAUCGGCCAGUACACAAUCCCCUUCGAGUGUCUCCAGCCGGGAUUCCGGCACAUACCGUUACAAUCGCUAACGGGGGAAGUCCUUCCCCACGCCUGGCUAUUCGUCCAUGUGGCCAUCACCAACCGAAGGGGCGGGGGCAAGCCUCACAAGAGGGGACUCUCUGUGCGUAAGGGCAAGAGAAGUCGGGAGUACGCCACCAUGAGAGUGCUGGUCAUCAAGGUUGUGGACGACAUCUUCAAGACAGCCAUACUGCCACUGAGGGAAGCCACCGACCUCAGAGAAAACAUGCAGAAUGCCAUAGUGCCCUUCAAGGAACUGUGUGGCCUCUCGGCAGUGGCCAACCUGAAGCAGUGCAUCCUGGCCCUGUCCUCCCGGCUGACGGGGGCUGACAGCAACCCCCUCCUGGUGUUCAACCUCAAGGACCAGUACCCCACCAUGGAGCCCCAGGGCCAGCUACCAGAUGUCCUGAAGAAGGUGGUCACUGCCUAUGACAUGAUGAUCCAGACCAGCAAGACUCUGCUGGAGAACUCGGCGGGAGCCUACGACCGAAUACUGCUAACCCAGAAAGCAGCGAUGGAGUUCCAUGAGAACCUCCAUGACAUGGCGGUGAAGGAGGGCCUGAAGGGCAGGAAGCUGGCCAAGGCUGUGGAGAGCUUCACCUGGAACAUAACCAUCCUCAAGGGCCAGGCGGACCUGCUGAAGCACGCAAAGAGUGAAGUCCAGGAGAACCUGAAGCAGAUCCACUACGCCGCCCUAACCUGUAACCUCAGUAAGGACGGGCCAUCAGGGAGCACGGCAGGCUCCGAGUCCAGGACCCGACCACGCAGCCUGGACGCCAUCCCCGAGAAAGCCACGGGGGAGGACGAGCUCUCUGAGGAGGACAACUGAAGGCUUACGCCCUAAACCCUUCAUACCUUCAAGCCCCUUGCCCUACCCUAGUGGAACUCAUACCCCCAAGCACCUUUCCCUACCCUAGUGGCACUCAUACCCCCAAGCCCCUUGCCCUACCCUAGUGGCACUCAUACCCCCAAGCACCUUUCCCUACCCUAGUGGAACUCAUACCCCCAAGCACCUUUCCCUACCCUAGUGGCACUCAUACCCCCAAGCACCUUUCCCUACCCUAGUGGCACUCAUACCCCCAAGCACCUUUCCCUACCCUAGUGGCACUCAUACCCCCAAGCACCUUUCCCUACCCUAGUGGCACUCAUACCCCCAAGCACCUUUCCCUACCCUAGUGGCACUCAUACCCCCAAGCACCUUUCCCUACCCUAGUGGCACUCAUACCCCCAAGCACCUUUCCCUACCCUAGUGGCACUCAUACCCCCAAGCACCUUUCCCUACCCUAGUGGCAUACAUAAAUCUCCUUACCGCAGUCCCACACACCUGACUACAGUAUACCUGUUCUAGUGCCGUUGCCACACAACUAUUCUUAUUCCAGCGCCGUAUACAACCAUUCCAUUCCCACCCCAGUCCCACUCAAACCUCCCUUUGCUUAACCCGGUACCACACAAAAAGCCCUUAACCCUUCCUGCCCACCUCAACGUCCAACAGCAAGAUGUUCAAGAUGGUCAACUAGGAGGGCCACGUGAACUUGCAGCCACGGGACAGUCUUAAAGCAGUGACCUACUGUAGAGACAGUGCACUUAUUUACAGGCAGACCCCAGGGUCUGACCUUAGGAGAGCCGCUCUGAACGGUUCAAGGAUUUCUUAAGCACAAUUUACGGGUUUCUGACCAACCAGAAACUAGAGCUGUGAAUGUAAUAGGAAACAGGAAGAGGAACAAUGGCGAGAAGAAAAGGGAGGAGAGCGCUGUUUACAAUAAUGAACUUGUCCAUGUUUUUGUCUGCCAAAAUAGUAUGUGUAUAUAUGGAGUUCUGUUACUUUUUUUCCAACGUGCUUCAUUUUAUUAUUGUAUUCUUGAGAAAUAAGAUUUAUUUUGUAAAGGAAAUGGCUCGUCCAUGAAAAAUAACUAUUUUAUUUGUCUGUGCAGAUGUGAAAUGGAGGUGUCCUUGACACUUUCCCACUGUUCCUUUGUCGAGACCGAGGGACGGAUAGAGACUUUAAACCUCAGUGUGUGGUCCAAAGGGUGGCAGUCGAGUCUCAAGCACAACUAGCAACUGCUUUGGGAAGGAACCAUGGAGAGAGUAACGCGUUAGGCCUACGUUUUGGUGUCAUUUCACCAUUCCAUGUGAGAGGGUUGAGUGGGAUGUACAAAGUAAUAAUAGCUUCUCAACCAGUCCUGGUAACAAACUAGCACCCUAUUCAUGAAUACGUUUUCAUGUACGACUGUGCCUCAUUGCUACAAAUCAGUCAACAAAGGGGAUGGAUGGUGAGGAAAGAGACACUCUUCCUCACAUCCAUCUUAACCUGCUUUUCCCCACCAGUUGCUUCUAGUUUUGUAUUUGUCCCCCUGUUCAUUCUCUCCACAGUGCUGAAACAGUGUUGCUCCUAGUCAACUUUAGCCACCCACCACUACCUCUGGAUCUCACCACCAGUGUUUUAACUGGGCCCACACUGGGACAAAAAGUAAUUCAUGAACUUCAGUGUCAUGACAGUUGUAUUUAUAACUGCUGUUAACCAUUUUUACAGAUGGUUGAACUGAAUACCGGUUUUGCUCUUAUCUGUUAAUUCCCAAAACCUUCAGAAUAAACUACGUCAAAUCGUU